AUAUCAAUUAGGUGUUCAUUGGCAAAAGUAAAAAUAAAUUUUAAUGUAUGACAUACGUCAUAUAUUAAAAAUAUGACUUCCACUUCUAAAGGCACAAUUUCAGAAAAAAGUAUCAAAAAUCAAAUAUCGAGUAUAAGUUUGGGAUCGUUGGAAUUAGGGAAUCCUAAGCUAAAAUCUUAUAUAGAAGACGAAAUAAAACAUCAGAUAAUCGUGUCUAUUAGGGAAGAAAUAAUCGAAAAUGCAUUAAACGAGAUAUACAACAAAUAUAUCGACAACCAGUCAGUAAAGUUUGUUGUACAUUGUGCAUGUAAUGCGCUAGAAAAAAUCGUCGACUUAUAUUUUUACCAUCACGAUCACGGUCAACCGUACUAUGACAAUCAUCCCGCUUGGACUCCCGAUGUUCCCCCAAAUUCGUCAACCCCAGACUCCUGGGCCCCACAGUACACUCCGAUGGGCCCAAAACAAGAUAUUUCCGAGAUAGACCUUCCAGAAUUCGUUCCAUUUCAAGAAGCAGUACCAAUUUAUUCUAAAACGAAAUUAGAACGAUCUGAUGCAGAUGGAUCAUCCGAAUCAAUUAACGAAAUCGUUCCAGAAUCUUUGGGAUCUUCAGAAGGACUCCCACCUCAGUUAGAUCUGAUAUCAAUAACGGAGUCAAAGAAACAUCCAUCCCUGGCCAGUUUGUUUACUACCAUUAAAACAGGACCAAAAUCGUCUCUACCAAUAUCAUACGAAAAAGUUAAGAAAAAGGCAGGCAAAGAACGUAGUGAGUUCACUCCAGAAAAAAUUUGCCCCCCAUACAAAUCAGGACUUCCAACAAUGAGCAAAAAAAAUUACUUAUAAGAAAGGAAUAAGAACGAGACCAAGAUCUUUUGUGUCCUGUAUCUGUAGUCUUCCAGAUUAAGUCCUUGUCUUGAAAUCGUUUCGUGAUAGUAUAAGUGUCGCUGAAAAGAGUGACCACAAGAUUACAAGAAUACCUUACUAAACAGGGCCCGAUCCAGCAAUUUAUACAUAUAAGUCAUGACCAUGGUAUUCAAGAGAUGGGAUUAAGCAAUUUUUAACCGAACUAUUGCCCCUUUUAGAAAUUAAAAUCGGGUGCCACAUCGGGCCCCCAGCAAUAAUACUCGGAAAAGAGUC